GAAAUUUAAAUAAUGCACACAUAUGCAAAAUACUAAUAAUAAAUUCGAGUAGGCCAUCAAGGUAGCAUCACUGGCAACAACAUCUCUGGCAAAUAAAUAGCUCCGGACUUUGUACCCAGCAGCCGACUCAGUACAUACAGUGAAGAAAAAACCUUUGGGAAUUACAAUGGCAACGGCGGAGCAAGUGCCCACGGAGCGAAAGGCGAAUCCGGCCAAAUCUUUCCUCACAGGCGGCUUCGGGGGAAUUUGUAAUGUUCUUUCCGGACAUCCGUUAGAUACCAUAAAGGUGCGCUUGCAGACAAUGCCGCGACCGGCGCCUGGGGAGCAGCCACUCUACAAAGGAACCUUUGACUGUGCUGCGAAAACGAUAAAGAACGAAGGUGUUCGUGGCCUGUACAAGGGCAUGUCAGCUCCAUUAACGGGUGUUGCACCUAUUUUUGCCAUGUGCUUUGCGGGCUAUGCGCUGGGCAAACGUUUACAGCAACGAGGAGAGGACGCGAGGCUCACCUACUCACAAAUCUUUGUGGCCGGUUCGUUUUCGGGCCUGUUCUCCACGCUGAUUAUGGCGCCAGGAGAGCGAAUCAAAGUCCUGCUGCAAACACAACAAGGACAGGGCGGUCAGCGUAAAUAUAAUGGAAUGAUCGACUGCGCUGGAAAGCUUUAUAAGGAGGGAGGACUACGCAGUGUAUUCAAGGGCAGCUGCGCCACCAUGCUCAGGGAUCUACCCGCCAAUGGACUCUACUUCCUGGUGUACGAAUAUAUACAGGAUGUGGUCAAGGCCAGAUCGGAAACAGGUCAAAUUAAUACUGCCUCAACCAUUUUUGCUGGCGGUGCUGCUGGUAUGGCGUACUGGAUAUUGGGCAUGCCAGCCGAUGUCCUCAAGAGUCGCCUGCAGUCCGCACCCGAGGGCACUUACAAGCACGGAGUACGCAGUGUGUUCAAGGAUCUGAUUGUUAAGGAUGGUCCACUGGCUCUGUACCGUGGUGUUACGCCCAUUAUGAUUCGCGCAUUCCCAGCCAAUGCGGCCUGUUUCUUUGGCAUAGAGCUAGCGAACAAAUUCUUUAAUGUUGUGGCUCCUAAUUUCUAACUGUAGCAGUUCUUGUUUUCAUUCUCUACAACGCCUUGCAAUGAAAUUGUUAAGUUAAGUCAUAAAGUUAUGCUAAAUAAAUGUACUUUUUGAUAUGA